UGAGGUGUGAUGGAUGUCAGCGAAACGAAUAGGGAGCGCACACGAGCCCACCGCACCCACCACCAGAUCAGCGUUACUGAAUCAUUUCAACAAACAUAACAUCUCUCGCUUUAUCCAAACAUUGAUACGGCCAAUCGCCACAUAAACGCGGACCGCUCGAUGGGAAAAUUCAGAAGAUGAUACUCUGAAGAGGGGUAAACAUGGAAACCCGACGCUGAGUUCUUUUAAUUGUGACCAUAAGACACCAUGGCCAAACAGUACGAUGUGCUGUUUAGACUUUUGCUUCUCGGAGACUCCGGUGUCGGGAAAACCUGUUUGUUAUGCAGAUUCACGGACAAUGAAUUUCAUCCCUCUCACAUUUCUACCAUCGGUGUCGAUUUCAAAAUGAAGACCUUGGAGAUUGAUGGCAUUAAAGUGCGAAUACAGAUAUGGGACACAGCAGGCCAGGAGAGAUAUCAGACCAUCACGAAACAGUACUACAGAAGAGCACAGGUGGGCAUUUUUCUGGUGUAUGACAUCACGAGCGAGCGUUCAUUUCAGCACAUCAUGAAGUGGGCCAGUGAUGUGGAUGAGUAUGCUCCUGAGAAGGUGCAGAAAAUACUUGUUGGGAACAAGUCUGAUGAAGAACAGAAGAGACAGGUUGCUACAGAGCAGGGAGAUAAGCUUGCAAAGGCUUACGGAAUGGACUUUUUUGAGACAAGUGCCUUUACCAACCGUAACAUUACAGAGUCUUUCACCCGAUUGGCUGAAUUAGUGUUACAAGCCAAUAAGAAGGAUAUCGAUUUGAUGGGAGGCUCCAUUAAUGACGAGUUUGAUCUCACAGUUUUGGAGGAGCAGGAAGGAUUGUGCAAUGUUGGCGACAACACUCGUAAGUCGUGCUGGUGCUGAGGACUGGAAGUGGCACAGCCACCCUUUCAGUUGAUAUUUGUUCUUUGAAUAUUUUUGCAUAAAUGCAUCAGCUUGUGUUUGCGCCUUUGAUGACCAAUUCAUUAUUUCAUAUGGAUUAUUAUUUAUUUUAUAGUAAAAGAAGCUCAAACGUU